AUCACCUGUUCUUCGUCUCCAAGUUUCCUCCCAUCCCAUUCCCAACCCUCUCCCCCCAUUCUCAACCCUCCUCGUUCGCUGCUUCGCCUCAACAAAUUCGGGAAAUCUGAGGGGAAAUUGAGUUUCUCAAUAAAUGGCAUCAGUUCUGAGGUCAAAGAGCUCAUCAGUUGCCACCAAGGAGGGAUUUGUUGAAGGGACUGAUCGCUCAUUAGUGGGCAGCCAUGCAAGUAAAGGAACAUUGUGUUCUGCGACUGGUGUAGACACACCGGGGGGGAUCUGUACCGUUACAAGAAGAACUAGAAAUAGUGCUUGACCAUGGAAAUAAAGAUGUUGUGGAGUUACAUACAAUACCCCCUGUAGGGGGGAAGAAGGGAGAACUGUUGAGCCUACCAAACAUCUUGUAUGAGAAACUAAAGCCUCAUCAAAAAGAUGGUUUGUUAUGGUUAUGGGAACUUCAUUGUGUGGAGAUUCCAGGACGAAUAGUUGCCGAUGAUAUGGGGCUUGGCAAGACGUUGCAGACAUCAACUUUCAUAUCAGGAUUAUUUUUCUCUAAAAUCAUUCAAAUGGUCAUGAUAAUUGCUCCAGUUAGUAUACUGGAGUCAUGGUCAGAGGAAUUGGCUGUAGCCGGUCUCAAGGGCCUUGUUCAUCAUAUCUGCAGUACUUCUGAUAUGAAGGCCUUACAGAUUGUUGUAAAGGAGGGAGGUAUUUUGUUAACCAGCUAUGAGAUGUUCACUCGACAUCACAAAAUACUGGAAUCGCCCAGUAGGAGGUGGGAUUAUGUUGUACUGGAUGAAGCACACAGGAUAAAGAAUUAUGAAGCUCAUGUUACAAAGGCAAUGAAGAGUAUCGAAUGCACGAAAAAGAUUUUAAUGACUGGCACCCCCAUACCAAAAAAUCUUCUGGACAUAUAUUCUCUGAUGGACUUUAUCCAACCUGGAAUUCUUGGUGAUAAAGAUACAUUCGAUGAGAACUUUAUGUACCCUAUCAAGAAAGGGCAAUAUUCAAAUUUAGCAAAAGGCGAUAAGGAGGAAUAUUUAAAGGCCCUUGCACGUUGCUGGAGCACCAUUUCCCCAUAUUUGCUGAGAAGAAAUAAAUCCGUUCUGAUAGAAAGUGGGGACCUGACAUGCAAAAAACAUGAUGUCGUUAUCUGGUUGAGGCUGACCAAACUGCAGGUCAAGCUUUACGAAAAGUUAUAUCAGUUACACCACGAAACAACUCAGUUUCGGUCUCAAGAACAGGAAAUUCCAUUCACGCUGUCAGCGCUGUAUCAGAGCAUCUGUAAUGACCCUUAUUUGCUAUGGAAGAUACUUGAUGAUAAAAAAAGUGGACGUCAAGUUAAAAGGCUAGCAGGAAAUCUGCUUGAGUCCGUUGAUGUUGAUAGGCCAUCUUAUGACAAUACACGCAGCUCAUGCAAAAUAAAUUUCAUUCUGGAUCUCAUUAAACAGAUGUUUAAAGAAGAGCGAAACCAGCCCAAGUCUGUAACUGAAAACAUGCAGGGAGAGGGAAAAGGAAAAAAACUUAAAAUACUUGUGUUUUGUCAACAGAUUUAUAUGAUGGAUAGGCUUGAGGUGAUAGCUCCUAUUUUGUUCUUUUAUGAACUCCCACCUUGUGCUACUUCUAUCUUGAUACAGUGGACCCAUGCCCAUAACAGAUACAUAAUUUUAUAUCUUGUUGUUUUCCAAGCAGGAGGUUCUCAAUGAUAAUGAUGUGAGAGAAAAAGGUUCUCAAUGAUAAUGUUGUGUCCCUUCUUUGUUUCGAGAUCUUAUGGGUUUCAACUCUAGCCUACCCUAACUUGUUUGGGACUGAAAGGCUUGGUUGUUGUUGUUGUUUGUUGUUGUACUCUGUGUCCCUUCUUAAAUGUAUUUUCACACUGUAUACUGUAUCGCCGUGUAGAUCUUCGGUGUAGAAGAUGGACCGUCGAUAUUUUUACUCAGUGCAAAGGUUGGUGGGGAAGGCCUCAACCUCACUGUGGCCACCAGAGUGAUCAUUGUUGAUCAUUCCUGGAAUAUAAGUGACGAUAAUCAAAUAGCGGAUAGAGUUUACAGACUGGGACAAACGAAGGACGUUAUAAUCUACAGAGUUUUCACUUGUGGAACUGUUGAAGAGCACCUGUAUAAAACACAGUUGAUUAAAGGGCGACUUGCGGAGGCAAUAACAGAAGGAAAAGUGUAUACCUCCUUAGUGAAAAAAGAGGUAA